AUGUCAAAAACCUUCACUAAGGACGACGUGGCGUCCCAUGGCAAAGGCAACAGCCUGUAUAUUAUAAUCGAUGAGGAUGUCUACGAUAUCUCUAAGUUCCAAGAUGAGCAUCCUGGUGGGAAGAAAAUUCUCCAACGAGUUGCCGGAAAGGAUGCCUCGAAACAAUUCUGGAAGUACCACAAUGAGGGAAUCUUGAAGAAGUACAAGGGCCAACUGCAAAUUGGUUCGCUGGAUACCAAAGCCGCACCGGCUCCCCCGGCCCCAGCUCCAGCUCCAGCCCCCAAGGCCGAGCCAACGCCGGAACCUGCUUCGGGCGAUGUGAAGCCCCGUGCAACUGCUGAGCCGCAAGAUCCUUUUGGCGACUUGAUUCCUUUUGCCGAUCCUUCAUGGUACCAAGGUUACUCCUCCCCCUACUUUAACGAGACCCACGCUGCUCUCCGCGAGGAGAUUCGCGAAUGGGUCGACACAGAAAUCGAGCCCUAUGUUACUGAGUGGGAUGAGGGUAAGGAAGUCCCCGCCCAUAUCUACAAGCAGAUGGGCGAGCGGGGAUACUUGGCCGGUCUGUUGGGUGUUGAGUACCCUGAGAAGCACACUCCUUACCGGGUGAAGUCUGUGUCACCGGACCGCUGGGAUCUAUUCCAUGAGAUGCUGCUGACUGAUGAGCUCUCGCGCGCUGGCAGCGGUGGUCUGGUAUGGAACCUGGUCGGUGGUUACGGUAUUGGUUGCCCCCCUCUUGUGAAAUUUGGAAAGAAGGAGCUGGUAGACCGUAUCCUUCCCGGCAUCUUGGCUGGUGACAAGCGUAUUUGCUUGGCUAUUACCGAGCCAGAUGCCGGCAGUGAUGUUGCAAACCUUGGCUGUGAGGCCAAGCUCAGCGAGGAUGGCAAGCACUACAUUGUCAACGGCGAGAAGAAGUGGAUUACCAACGGCAUUUGGUCCGACUACUUUACCACCGCCGUGCGAACCGGCAAGCCCGGCAUGAACGGUCUUAGCGUUCUGCUUAUUGAGCGCGAGGCUGGUGGGGUCAGCACCCGCCGCAUGGACUGCCAGGGCGUCCUUAGCAGUGGUACCACCUACGUUACCUUCGAGGACGUCAAGGUGCCCGUGGAGAACCUGAUUGGUAAGGAGAACCAAGGCUUCAAGGUCAUCAUGACCAACUUCAACCACGAGCGCAUUGGUAUUGUCAUCCAGUGUGUCCGCUUCGCCCGAGUCUGUUACGAAGAGUCCAUGAAGUACGCCCACAAGCGCAAGACCUUCGGAAAACGUCUGGUCGAUCACCCGGUCAUCCGUAUGAAGCUCGCCCAUAUGGCUCGCCAAAUCGAGGCCACAUACAACUGGUUGGAGAAUAUUAUCUUCCAGUGCCAGUGCAUGGAAGAGACUGAGGCGAUGCUAAAGUUGGGCGGUGCGAUUGCCGGCCUGAAGGCGCAGUCCACCCAGACCUUUGAGUUCUGUGCCCGCGAGGCCAGUCAAAUUUUUGGUGGUCUGAGUUACAGCCGUGGUGGCCAGGGUGGCAAGAUUGAGAGACUGUACCGUGACGUUCGUGCCUAUGCUAUCCCUGGUGGAAGUGAGGAGAUCAUGCUCGAUCUGAGUGUCCGCCAGAGCCUGCGUGUGCACGAGAUGUUCGGUAUGAAGCUCUAA